AACAGCAAUUAUAAAAACAUGCAUCGAAGGCACACAACCCUUCGGGAGAAGGGCCGAAGGCAGGCCAUCCGGGGCCCAGCCUACAUGUUCAAUGAGAAAGGCACCAGCCUGACUGCAGAAGAGGAACGCUUUCUUGAUUCUGCAGAAUAUGGCAACAUUCCUGUUGUGCGAAAAAUGCUGGAGGAAUCCAAAACCUUGAACUUUAAUUGCGUUGAUUACAUGGGACAAAAUGCCCUUCAGUUAGCUGUAGGGAAUGAGCAUCUGGAAGUGACGGAGCUCCUCCUCAAAAAGGAGAAUCUUGCUCGAGUUGGAGAUGCACUUUUGUUAGCCAUCAGUAAAGGAUAUGUGCGCAUUGUAGAAGCAAUAUUGAACCAUCCAGCCUUUGCACAAGGACAGCGUCUCACACUCAGUCCCCUUGAGCAGGAACUGAGAGAUGAUGAUUUUUAUGCUUAUGACGAAGAUGGAACCCGAUUCUCCCAUGACAUUACCCCUAUCAUACUUGCUGCCCACUGCCAGGAGUAUGAAAUUGUUCACAUCUUACUUCUAAAAGGCGCGCGGAUUGAAAGGCCACAUGACUAUUUUUGCAAAUGCAAUGAAUGUAUUGAGAAGCAGAGGAAAGAUUCCUUUAGUCACUCUCGAUCGAGAAUGAACGCCUACAAAGGAUUAGCCAGUGCUGCUUAUUUGUCUCUUUCCAGUGAAGAUCCUGUCCUUACUGCUUUAGAGCUAAGCAAUGAAUUGGCCAGAUUAGCCAACAUUGAAACUGAAUUUAAGAAUGACUAUAGGAAGCUAUCUAUGCAAUGCAAGGACUUUGUUGUGGGGGUGCUGGACCUGUGCAGAGACACCGAAGAAGUAGAGGCUAUUCUGAACGGAGACGUGAAUAUACACUUGUGCCCCGAGCACCACCGGCCAAGUCUAAGCAGGAUUAAACUUGCUAUUAAAUACGAGGUCAAAAAGUUUGUUGCUCACCCCAACUGCCAGCAGCAAUUGCUCACCAUGUGGUAUGAAAACCUCUCAGGCUUACGGCAGCAAUCUAUAGCGGUGAAGUUCUUGGCUGUCUUUGGGGUCUCCAUUGGCCUGCCCUUCCUCGCCAUAGCCUACUGGAUUGCUCCCUGUAGCAAGUUGGGACGGACCCUCCGAAGUCCUUUCAUGAAGUUUGUGGCACAUGCCGUUUCUUUCACGAUCUUCCUUGGACUGUUAGUAGUGAAUGCUUCAGAUCGGUUUGAAGGAGUAAAAAAUCUCCCCAAUGAGACCAUCACAGAUCAUCCAAAACAAAUCUUUAGAGUCAAAACAACUCAGUUCUCAUGGACAGAAUUGCUGAUCAUGAAGUGGGUAUUGGGCAUGAUAUGGUCAGAGUGCAAGGAGAUCUGGGAAGAGGGUCCACGUGAAUACGUGGUGCAUCUCUGGAACCUGCUGGACUUCGGCAUGCUGUCCAUCUUCGUGGCGUCAUUCACCGCCAGGUUCAUGGCUUUUCUCAAAGCAACUGAAGCACAACAGUACGUAGAUCAGUACGUUCAAGAUGAUGACCUCAAUAAUGUCACCCUUCCCCCUGAAGUUGCUUACUUUACUUACGCCAGGAACAAGUGGCUUCCCUCGGAUCCUCAGAUCAUUUCAGAAGGACUGUAUGCAAUAGCUGUGGUACUCAGCUUCUCCCGCAUUGCUUACAUUCUUCCAGCCAACGAAAGCUUCGGCCCCCUGCAGAUCUCUUUGGGGAGGACUGUGAAGGAUAUCUUCAAGUUCAUGGUCAUCUUCAUCAUGGUGUUCCUGGCAUUCAUGAUUGGAAUGUUCAACCUUUACUCUUACUACCUUGGUGCAAAAUACAACCCCGCGUUUACAACGGUAGAAGAAAGUUUUAAAACCUUAUUCUGGUCAAUAUUUGGCUUAUCUGAAGUGAUAUCUGUGGUGCUGAAGUACGAUCACAAAUUCAUUGAGAACAUUGGAUAUGUACUCUAUGGAGUAUAUAACGUGACUAUGGUGGUGGUGCUGCUUAAUAUGCUAAUAGCCAUGAUCAACAACUCCUAUCAGGAAAUUGAGGAGGAUGCAGAUGUGGAAUGGAAGUUUGCACGUGCCAAGCUCUGGCUAUCCUACUUUGACGAAGGAAGGACUUUACCUGCUCCUUUUAAUCUAGUGCCAAGCCCUAAAUCAUUUUAUUAUCUCAUACUGAGAAUAAAAAUGUGCCUCAUAAAACUCUGCAAAUCUAAGGCCAAAAACUGUGAAAAUGAUCUUGAGAUGGGGAUGCUGAAUUCCAAACAACGGAAAGUUCGUUUUCACUCUAGCACUCGAAAUACAGAAAAUUUUUCUGGGAAGAAUGCUUAUAACAAGCCCACAAGAUAUCAGAAAAUAAUGAAACGUCUGAUUAAGCGGUAUGUACUGAAGGCUCAGGUUGACCGAGAAAAUGAUGAGGUCAAUGAAGGAGAACUUAAAGAGAUUAAGCAAGAUAUUUCUAGUCUCCGCUAUGAACUCUUAGAGGAAAAGUCACAAGCUACUGGCGAGCUGGCAAGACUAAUACAGCAGCUGAGUGACAAAUUUGGGAAGAACUUAAAUAAGGACAUUUGA